GCUAGCACAGCUGACCGAAUUGCACGUACACACUACCAGUAUACGGUAUUUCCGUGCAUAUUACCCGAGCAUGCAUGCCUAGAGCGGAGCGGCGACCCCGUACACUCGGACGAUCCAUCCAGGUCACGUUGCUCAGCUCAGAUCAGCUAGUCACAUAAUUUUCUGUGACCGACGAGCAGUCGAUGCGGAAAUCUUGAAUUGGGGCACUUCUUUUCUAGAUAUUGACCAUCAACAUGGCCCAAAGUGACCAUGAGAAGAGGAAGCAGAUUAGCGUGCGUGGUAUCGCCGGUAUCGAGGAUGUUUCCAACUUCAAGGCGAGUUUUAAUCGGCAUCUUCACUACACCUUGGUGAAGGAUAGAAAUGUCGCUACUCAACGCGACUACUACAUCGCCCUGGCCCACUCGGUUCGUGAUCAUCUUGUUGGCCGUUGGAUCCGCACCCAGCAGUAUUACUAUGAAACUGAUCCAAAGCGUGUGUACUACCUCUCUCUGGAAUACUAUAUUGGACGUACCCUAACCAAUACCAUGGUCAACCUUGGCAUCCAGAGUCAAUGUGACGAGGCCCUUUACCAGCUUGGUCUGAACAUAGAGGAGUUGGAGGAGCUAGAGGAUGAUGCCGGUCUGGGAAACGGUGGUUUGGGCAGGCUCGCAGCCUGCUUCCUUGAUUCCAUGGCGACACUUGGCUUGGCUGCCUAUGGAUAUGGUAUACGCUACGACUAUGGUAUCUUCACUCAGAAAAUCAAAGAUGGCCAUCAGGUUGAGGAACCAGAUGACUGGUUGAGAUAUGGCAACCCAUGGGAGAAGGCAAGACCGGAGUACACCAUACCAGUCAACUUCUAUGGCCGUACUGAGAAGAAAGAUGGCAAGGUCAAAUGGGUUGACACUAAGGUUGUGUUUGCCAUGCCGUAUGACAGCCCUACCCCUGGAUACAAGAAUAACACAGUGAACACCAUGAGACUGUGGUCUGCCAAGUCCAAGAACAGCUUUGAUCUCACUUUCUUCAAUGAUGGUGACUAUGUGCAGGCUGUACUGGACAGGAAUGUAGCAGAGAACAUCACCCGUGUACUCUAUCCUAAUGACAAUGUCUGUGAAGGUAAGGAGCUACGUCUGAAGCAGGAGUACUUCAUGGUGACCGCAUCUCUCCAGGACAUCAUCAGACGUUUCAAGUCUUCCAAGUUUGGCUGCAGGGAUCCUGUCAGGACCACCUUUGAUACCUUCCCAGAUAAGGCUGCUAUUCAGCUGAAUGACACCCACCCUGCCAUGGCCAUCCCUGAACUGAUGAGGAUCUUGAUAGAUGUUGAAGAAAUGGAAUGGGAGAAGGCCUGGGACAUCAUUGUUCGUACCUUUGCCUACACCAAUCAUACCAUCCUUCCUGAAGCCCUUGAGAGGUGGCCAGUAGGCCUCCUGGAGUAUGUCCUACCACGUCAUCUUGAGAUCAUCUAUGAGAUCAACAUGAGGCAUAUGGAAGAAGUCAGCAAGCGUUACCCGGGUGACUUUGAUCGCAUGCGCCGGAUGUCAAUCGUUGAGGAAGGCGAUCAUAAGCGUAUCAAUAUGGCUCAUCUCUCCAUCGUAGGUGCUCAUGCUGUGAACGGUGUUGCAGCUAUCCACACCGGUCUCAUCAAGUCUAGUGUGUUCCGUGACUUCUAUGACAUGUACCCUGAGAAGUUCCAGAACAAGACCAAUGGGAUCACCCCUCGUCGCUGGCUGCUUCUUUGCAACCCUGGUCUCUCUGAUGCCAUUGCUGAUAAAAUUGGUGAGGAGUGGACUACAGACCUGUCCCAGCUGAGGAAGCUAGAGCAACAUGUCUCUGAUAAAGCUUUCAUCAUGUCAAUUCAACAGGUCAAGCAGGAGAACAAGAUGAAGCUAGCUCAGUAUCUUGAGAAGCAGAAUGGAGUUCACAUCAACGUCAACUCCAUGUUUGACAUCCAAGUCAAGAGAAUCCAUGAGUACAAACGGCAGCUGCUCAAUGCUCUUCAUAUGAUCUGUCUCUACAACAGAAUCAAGAAGGAUCCGAGUGCCCCUUUCGUCCCACGUACAAUAAUGAUUGGUGGCAAGGCUGCACCUGGGUACCACACGGCCAAACAGAUCAUCCAUCUCAUCAACAGUAUUGCUAGGGUGGUCAACAGUGACCCCAUUGUCGGUGACAAACUCAAGGUCAUCUUCUUGGAGAACUACAGGGUUUCUCUUGCAGAGAAAGUGAUCCCAGCUUGUGAUCUGUCUGAGCAGAUCUCACUAGCAGGCACUGAGGCUUCGGGUACGGGCAAUAUGAAGUUCAUGUUAAAUGGAGGUCUGACUAUCGGCACUCUAGAUGGAGCCAACGUUGAGAUGAGAGAGGAGAUGGGAGAUGAGAACAUCUUCAUCUUUGGUAUGACAGUGGAAGAGGUACAAGCAAGAAAAGAUGGCUAUAAUCCGCGUGAAUUCUAUGAGAAGAAUGCUGAGCUGAAGCAAGCUAUUGAUCAGAUCCAGGGAGGCUUCUUCUCACCUAAUGAUCCUGGUGCUUUCCAUGAUAUCGUCAACUCACUUCUAAAUCAUGAUACGUACAUGCUUCUAGCUGAUUUUGAGUCCUACCUCGCAGCACAGAGCCGUGUCAGUGAGCUCUUCACUAAACCCAGGGAAUGGACAAUGAAGUGCAUACACAACAUCGCAUCUUCUGGUAAGUUCUCCAGCGACCGUACCAUCGGGGAGUACGCUAAAGACAUCUGGGACGUCCAACCCAACCCAGUCAAGCUUCCCGACCCUCAUGAGGAGCCAGUAAGGAAGGCUUAACCAGGAGGGUCCUAAAGCUGGCCAGCCUAUAGGCUUCUUGGUUGUAUAGUAUAGAAUCAAAUCUAAUGCAGUAUAAAAACCACCUGAGUGUAGUUGAUAUCUUGCAAGCACCGUGUUAUUGCAUUCAUAGUGAUCACUGAUAUAAACAAUUAUUGAAUUGUGUGCAAAUUGGCACUUCCCUUGUGUGCAAAAUUGAUCAUUGUUGGAUAUAUUCUUAUUGUUGUGCUUAAAACCAUGCAAGCAAUAUAUAUCUAUAUUCAUUGUUAGUUGAAUGUGAACUGCCAAACCUAUCAGUGUCUAUAUUUAUAAUCAAUAACCAAUUCAAAUCUAGAUACAUGUUUUCUGUAGGAUAUCAAAAUGAUUUAAACUUGAUACCACAUAGUGGUGAGUAACAUCAUAUUGAAUUGAAAACAAUGUUCUGUUGAGUUUAGGAAUUUAUCAAUAGAAUAUAAUUUAGGAUGAUCUAUUACAUUAUACAGCACUGCACAUAUUUUAUAGUACCUUUUGGGACCAUGGCAGAUGCUUUUAAAAGUUUUGUUGAAGUACUAAAGUGGAUAGAAAAUGGGAUAUUGUCUGUUGGAGAAAUCUCACAUUAAUCAGUUUUGAUACUUAAAGUUUAUUUACUUUGGUUCUGUAUAAUUAUAGUAACCAAAAUGUUUAAUGUGUGGGGGAGAAAAAACCUAUUGCAGUGAACAUAUAUGAGAUGAAAACCAAAUAUAUACACACGCAUCUUGUUUUUAGAAAACAACAAUAAAGGUGUGUAGAUUAUUUUUUGAUCAAGAUUUAGUCUGUGUCUAAUCUAUCAGAGUGUGCAAAGAGGAUUCAUAUUUCUGUAACCCUUUUGAGGUAUGUUAAACAUAGAGUUAGGAGGAAGAGAAUCCAAAGUCUAGUUUAUUUGCUGCAUGGUGUUAUAGCCAGUAAAAACUCUCUACCAAUUCCUUCCUCACAAAAGUAUAUAAGAAUAUGAUCAUACUUAAAAAGAAAUGGUGUAUUUUUAAACCUUCUUACCCAUACUAGUGGCAUGACAGUGUGACGUGACAUACAGUGGCCAUCUCCUAAAGAGAGUCACCUACCCUUAAACGAAAGAACCUAUCAUCUUUUAUGAUGCCCAUAUAUAUUUGACAUGGUACAUGUACAUGAAGUUUCUAUGUAAUAGUUACGCAAUGUGAUCAAUGUUGUCUUUGUUCUAUUGUAGUUUUAAACCCCUAGGGUUCUUGAAUUUCAAUGUAGAAAUGAGGCUAUUUUUACUAUUUUGGGGGUGUAUUUUUGAUAGAAUGUUCGCACUUGGCUUGGCUACCAGGUGGCAAGUCCAAGGUAUUCAUUUUGUGUCCUUUAUGUUUAGAAGAUGAACAAAGAUAACUCAUUGUUUUACUUGAUACUUCAUCGGAUCCAAGGACUACCAUUCUCAUACAAUUAUCAUGUAUACUAAAAUUGGUGAUGUGAAUGGAAACGUUUAGGACCAGUACCUCGGACUCACUCUGAUACUUAACCACAAUGAUUCCCUUGGUAGUACCGAAGUGAACUCUUUCUAUAUCAUGGCUGGUUAAUUAGUUGAUCUUAUUACAUUAUGCUAUACAUUGAAUGCUGUGCUGAUUGUUACUGAGUAUCAAUUGAAGCUACAUUUACUCAAAGAUAUUGCUAUUUUAGUUCUGGCAGUGAUACCCUCCAUUUCAAAGCUAUCUAAGGAUCCAAUACCAAGUCCUGUAUGAAUUUAAGGGUUAUAUUCUUGGUCUACCUAUAAGCCGACCUGAGUUUUACCCAAGUUUUUGUUUGUUUUUGUUUGUGGUACUGUUGAGCAUCAGUUUGGACUUAGAUGUCUAGAUCAUCUAACUCACAGACAGAAUGCAGUUAAGGCCCAUAAGUGAAGACUUUUGGAUUUUAAUUCAAAGCAUUUAAACAAAAAUGCCCGUUAAAAAGAUGUAGCCUAUUACUAUUUUUUUUAUUUUGUUCACUUGAAAGAAGUUCAUGUAUUGAAUGGCAAAUAUUUUUUUUAGACUAUACAUAGACAUUAACUAGUGACUGAAAUUUGGUUUCUUUUAUUUCUAUUUCGUGCUGUAACAGCCCAUUGACAUGUGCUUCCAGUUAUAUUUUGCUACAGAGAAAAUCAUCUCACUCAAUAAUACUGAAUAUUCCUCAAUUUUCAUUGGUUUUCAAGAAUACAGAUUCAGAUGUAUAGAGCAGUUUUGGAAUGAUCUUGUGAUCCUCUUAUUGUGUUUUUGAAACAUGUUGAGCGCUGAAAUCAUUAAGAAAUUGUAAUUCUUUUGUUUCAAUCCAUAAUAGAUUCUGUAUUAUGUAUCAGAGUAAAGUUCCCUUGUAUGUGAUAAGGGUAAUUGUUGUGUAUUGGUGCAUCAUAUUGAAGUGAGAUACAAUUACUAUCGAGAUUGAAAGAUCAUAUUUAUGUAAAUUACAGUGUUGUUAUGACUGUUUGCUGAUAAAGUACCUUGAUGCUGAAUGGAAUUAUGCAAAAUGAUUUCAGCUCCUAUAUAUUACCAAGAGAGUUUUAAGAUCCAUAGAGCAAUGCGAAAGAAUUGUCUUGUUCCGUUUCAGAUUUUGUAUUGAAUGUAAAUGUUGGCCUAUGUCAAUUGCAUAGCAAUCCAUAGCGAUAAUAAUUUAAUUUUCUGAGGUAUUAUAACUUCAUAAAUCAUAUUUUCUAUGUUCAGCUUUUUGUUGCAUGCAGUUUGGUGAUCAAAUUUUCAUUGUGUAUUGAUAUUUGAUAUAUCCUCUAUUACUUCAUUAUAGUUGUUGAAAAUCCACAUGGUAGAAUUUUCUGUUAAAUAAUUUGUACUUCUUCCAUCUAUAUAAUUUGUAUUUUCUUUUUCAUGACAACAUAAAAUGGCAGUUUUCACCGAGAUUUGCAAUGCAGUUGGAGUGAAAUCAGGUACCAUGACAUAUCUUUGGUCUGAUAAAAAACCUUAAUGAAUUUUUUUUUUUACUACUAUUAUACAGUAGGCUAACGGUUGCAACAUGUGAGAGAGUGGAUUGGGGAGUCCUGAAAAGGACUGUCGGUAAUCUUUCUUGUCUUGAGUGUGUGUGUGUAGUCCUGAAACUACUAUUACUACUAUUACUCUUGUUUCUUCAUGAGUGAAAUGUCUUCAUUUCAUCCAUGAUUAAAAAAGAAAAAACUUAGACUUUUCAUUUGGUAACAUCUCAUUUGAUUUUGUUACUGAUAGAGCUUUCCUAUUGAAACUUAUCAAUCAUUGGAGUAUUGAAAUAGUUAAUUGCAAUGGAUACUAUUAUCUAUAUAUAGUAGUGUAUCACUUUGAUGAAUAUAUGUUUCUUGUAAUAUCUUAUUUGUUUGAAUAUGAAGACGUUUGAUUUUUGUUUAUUGACUGUUAUGGUGCAUUAAUAGCAAAAAUCGAUCAAUGUAUUUGGACAUGUCAUCUGCUAGUAGUUAUCUUCCACCACAGAAUGUCAUCAUAGAGAAUAUCAAUAGUUUAAGGGACAAUUCAGACCAAUACUUAUUCCUGGAAUGAAAAGUCAGCAAACAGAUUUAACAAUUGUGAGGGUAUAACAAUCUUUCUGUGUCAGAUUGUUAAAUUUUGGUUGUAGGUUAAAUACUAUAUUACUUCCUGAAAGGUUUGUUUGAAUGAGAAAUUCAAACUUGUUUUUUUAAGUUUAGCAUUCAUCAAAUUAGGGAAUGAUUUAGCUGUGUAAAGAGAAUGAAAAGCCAACUGUGGGUAAACUGGGCAGUCAUGUAUCUAAUGUAGGAUAACAAUCCCAUCCAUGGGAGAACUUGGAUUCUGUGGAGCAAUCUUUGGCCCAUAUCCCACUUAAAUUUAAACCCGACUUGUGUCCAUAAUCUGGUUUUACAAAAGGUUUUACAAAAGGUUUUACAGAGGUCUAAGGUUCCCCAUUAAGAUUGAUCAUAGACUAUGGGUUGGGUUUAACUUGAUUAGUAUAAUACAUACCUUGCAUGUUUGCAGUUCAGUGAUAAAUGUACAACUUGUUGACAUAAAUACUUGAACUAUAUAGAGAAAAAUUUGAUACAGUUGUGGAAUGAUGAUAUAGCUAUAUAAUUUUCAAAGGAUGAAGCAUGAAGUGGAUUAGAUUCUGAUUAUAUUUUGGUAUGCUUGUGUGUUUUACAGUACUGCUUGUGAACCCAUUGGUAGAUUCAAAAUAGAAAAAAAAGAAACACUUUUUAAUUCAAUACUACUUCUGGAUUGCAGUCAACGUUUAUGGUAGGAUUUCAAUAUGAUUUGUUGACUAAAUACCAAUAAAUUCAAUAACUUCCUAGCAAAA